ACUGGAGCUACUCAUCUUUCAAUGUUAUUAUUUGCUCUCACCUUUUCCUCUUUAUUCUAGCACUCGGUUGUUGUAGCAGUAAUUGUAGCAGCGAUGCCGACGAAUAAAGCCUCCAAAUCUAAAAAGGCCAAAGGCGGGAAAGAAAAGAAGGAAGGCAAACGGGACUCGAAAACGGACAAAGAGUCGGACGUGGAGAAGGCCAAGGCCAACGCCGUCCUGUGGGAGCUGAGGUUAAAGGCCACCGAGCAGUCCCUGAGGGACUACACCGAGUCUUGUCAGAGGGUGGCACGCGCAAACGAGCAUCUCACCAAUCAGCUGUACCACGCGGAGAAAGACGCGAUCCAUAUAGCAGGCCACUGGGAGAGACAGCUGGCAGCUAAAGAGGAAAAGAUUUGUGUGCUGGAGAAUGCCUUACAAACUCAGCAGGCGCUUGCCCGAGAAGAGAAGGACAAAUUGGUCAGUGAGCUUAACAUGAUCCAGGAAGAAAUGAAGAAAAUGAAAGAGAUAGAAGUCCAAAGGGAGCAGGAUAUCGUUCACAUGAAACAAAGCAGCGAUGAUGCUUACAAGAAGCUAAUGCAACACCUAAGAGAGAAGGAGGAUCAGUUCUUAAAAGAAAUGGAACGCUUGGAGAAAGAAACAAAGGCAUGCAGUCAAACAAUGGCCAAGAUGGCGGAGGACCACCGUGAAGCCAUUGUGCGAUUGAAAGAUGCUUUGCACUCUGUGAUCAAGGAGCGCGAUUGCCUCAGGGACAAGCUGAAAUAUCACAUAAAGGAGGCAGAGGAUCUGCAGAAGUUAGCAAAGUUACUGACUGAGGAAAACACCUCACUGGCAUUGGACAAGAGCAUGUUGGAGUUGACGGUAAAGGACAACGCAGCACAGUUGGGGACUCAAAAACAGAAGCUAUCUGAGCUGAGGGCCGAGGUGGCUUCCCUGGAGGAGGCCCUACAGCUCAAAGCCGUGGAGAUUGAGCAGCAGGAGAAGAAGGAGAAGGCGAACCUGGUCACCAUCCAGGCCAGCCAGGUGGAGCUGGACAAGUUGCAGAAAGUGCUCGCGAUGCGAGAAAAGGAACUGAAGCAUGUGAAGCAACUGGCGAGCACCAUUGUAGCAAAGCGCCAAGAGCUGGAGGAGUUCUUCCAUGAAGCACUGGGUCGCGUGAGGAAGGAGAUCAAGGACAGCAGGCUCCAAUACAAAAAGGAGGCACUGCAGAGUUAUCGUAGGAGGUUUAGAGAAGCCACAGCAGGAAAGAUAAAGUUCCCACCCAUCCGCACCUUCCAUAAAACUGCCCACAGUACCAACUCUGUCUAUUCAGACAUGGAGGCGGCUGCGACAUGGACGGAUCGACCAGGGAACGAAGUUGAAAUCUCUGAUCUCACUUGGGAGCAAAAGGAACAAGUGCUUCAGCUUCUCUUUGCUAAAAUGAAUGGAUGCAGGGAAAGCCAAGUCAGCCGACAGGUGGCUCUGCCGGCCUCCACUGAGAAGAGGAGCUUCACGGAGAGCGAUGUAGCCGGAAUUAGAGAGGAGCUGUCCCCGGCGACCAUCAGCACCCCGGCGCCAUCAGAGUCCACGCUGCCCUCGCGGCCAGCCGCCCAGCCAGAUACACACAUCACGUGACCUCCGAGUGGCCUCUGUGUCUCACAUUAAACUGUGCUUGCGUGUUUCUUCAAGAGUGUCAACUCAACUAGAAUAUAGGAUGUUUGUUUGUGCUUGUUCAAAAUAUCUUACCAUGCACGCAUGUGCGGUGUGGCAUGCGAGUGCUUUUGCACGUUCUGUCUGUUGUAACUCAGUUAAAAAAAAAAAAAAAAAAUCUAUUUGUGACUACAGAGUGCUGAUAAGAACAAAUGUAACAGAUGACAUGAGGAUUUCACUUUACUCACACGCCUCCUCAUUACCUCCACUUACAUCCUUUUUUUUUUUGCAUAUUUGCACCUUCCAGCAAGGAUGUGACAAGCAGUUAGAACAGAAGUAGCAUCUUAUGAUGAGCUGAACAGCUGGGUCACCUGUACAAAUGAAUACAUUUUGUAUAGCCGCUGUUAAUGUUAAGUUAGAAUUCAACGCUCAAGGUGCACCCUGGACAGGCCAGUAGCCAAUGGUGGAGCCUGAUUUUACAGUUGUGGGCACAGUUGGUUCACAGAACCCCCCCAUCCACACCCACCCAUGUGGUAAGUGGUUAAAAAGAAUGGAUGGAUAGGGGGAUUGAUCAUUUUUGAGGGGUUUUAUCCUUUAUUAUGAUAGAAAAGGUGACAGUAGAUUGGAAAGCUGGGAGAGAGCAGGGGAAGAUGCUCAGGGCUGUUUCAAACCCAGGCCUGUAAAAUUUACAGCUUAUCGGUCAGUUGCUCAAUCCGGUGAGCUGUAGUGGUGUCUGUGUAUCGAUAGAUUUGAUAUAACGUGUCAGCACAUUGACUCUCCUCAUGUUACUGACAUAUUAGCCUAUAUUAUCUGAUGAGUCAUAUACACAGCACUAGAACGUAAGCUUGAUAAGAAUCAGCACAGUGGAGGUGCAGCAUUUGCACAUUAAGGCACUUGAUGAAUGGAUAAACAUGAGGCACGUU